AACAAGCCGAGUCACGUGGUGGACGCGGCGGACGGCAACAGCUCCAACUGGAUGCGCUACGUGAACUGCGCGCGACACUGGAGCGAGCAAAACCUCGUCGCCUAUCAGUAUAAGGGACAGCUAUACUACAGAACGAUCAAAAUCAUACCACGUUUCACCGAACUGAUGGUUUUCUACGGAAGCGAAUUCGCACAUAUACUGCACAUUGAUUUGCGGACAUACAAUUCACCGCCGGGCUAUGCUCAGAAAUUUGGCGCACCUCCAAACAAAAAACCUAAACUGGACGAUAAUAAUAACCUCCAAGACAAAACCAAAUGUCCAGAAAAUGGGAGUACAAAAAUAUCAUCAUCUGAAACAUAUAAAACGAAUAUAGAUAUUGAAAAUACAUCACCAAUAGUAACAGAAGAAACCAUUAAGAAAAUAUCACAUGAUAAAAAAUUCAUAUGCAAUGAUUGUGGUACAAAAUGUGAUACCAAAACUUUACUUAUUAAGCAUAUUGAUGUACAUAAGCCUAUAAUUAUUGAGCCAAUUAAGACUAUUAUCAAAAUACAGAAAUCUAUAAAAGAUGGUCAAAAGUAUUAUCAAUGUGGACAAUGUAAUUACAAGUGUGCACGAAAGGAUCAUUUAGAGAGACAUAUUAAAACUCACACGGGAGAGAAACCUUUCAAAUGUCAGUACUGUAAUUACAAGUUUGCACAAAAGGGUCAUUUAAACGAUCAUAUUAGAACCCACACGGGAGAGAAACCUUUCAAAUGUCAGUACUGUAAUUACAAGUGUGCACAAAAGAAUAGUUUAAAGAAACAUAUUAGAACUCACACGGGAGAGAAACCUUUCAAAUGUCAGUACUGUAAUUACAAAUGUGCACUAAAGGGUAGUUUAAAUGAUCAUAUUAGAACACAUACAAGUGAGAAACCUUUCAAAUGUCAGUACUGUAAUUACAAGUUUGCACAAAAGGGUCAUUUAAACGAUCAUAUUAGAACCCACACGGGAGAGAAACCUUUCAAAUGUCAGUACUGUAAUUACAAGUGUGCACAAAAGGGUAGUUUAAAUGAUCAUAUUAGAACUCACACGGGAGAGAAACCUUUCAAGUGUCAGUACUGUAACUACAAGUGUGCACGAAAGAGUAGUUUAAAUGAUCAUAUUAGAACACAUACAAGUGAGAAACCUUUCAAAUGUCAGUACUGUAAUUACAAGUUUGCACAAAAGGGUCAUUUAAACGAUCAUAUUAGAACCCACACGGGAGAGAAACCUUUCAAAUGUCAGUACUGUAAUUACAAGUGUGCACAAAAGGGUAGUUUAAAUUAUCAUAUUAGAACCCACACGGGAGAGAAACCUUUCAAAUGUCAGUACUGUAAUUACAAGUUUGCACAAAAGGGUCAUUUAAACGAUCAUAUUAGAACCCACACGGGAGAGAAACCUUUCAAAUGUCAGUACUGUAAUUACAAGUGUGCACAUAAGUGUAGUUUAAAUAAUCAUAUUAGAACCCACACGGGAGAGAAACCUUUCAAAUGUCAGUACUGUAAUUACAAGUGUGCACAAAAGGGUAGUUUAAAUUAUCAUAUUAGAACACACACGGGAGAGAAAUCGUAUCUAUGUGAAAUAUGCGAUAAGAAAUUUAAAAACUAUAGUAUUUUAGAACAACACUUACACGUACAUAUGGUUAAGAAAUUUUAAAUUAUCGCUUAAAGUGAGUAUAGACUACAUUUGCUUGAGCAUAAUAUAAUACAACGUUCUUACAAUAGCGUAUUUGACUACUAUUUAUUUAAAACUUUAAUAAAAUAAGUACGUCGUAUAAAUUCUAAAACGGAAUAUAUAAUAAU